GCUGGAAGGGAGAUGUUGACGUAGUUUUGAGAGCGGCUGUACUUGUCAGACAGAAGUGGAUUAACAGUUGAGAAAGAGACAUACGAUCAGACAUAGAGAAGUUGAGUGUGUGAGACUGAGGGAAAAAGAGAGCUUCCGUGAUGACACCUACAUCAGAAAAGCGUGCCUUACCUCUCGCAGCUGUCUUGGCCGUGCUGACUUGUUUGUGGUUCCCGGGGACCCAGGCAGGAGUGGUGGGGGACUUCAACCAUGUGGAGCGCUGCAAGGACUCUCUCUACAUGGGCACUCCACCCAGAGGCUACCUCAGCACCUCCUAUACGAAGAUCUGCCAGAGGUACGAGGACAAACCCCGCUUUGUCACCCUGUACGAUACCAUAAGACACAUUCCUAUUUAUUCUGCCUAUACAUUCAAAAAGUCCGAUGGGGAGAAGAAGGUGGACUUCCCGUGGAUGUUUGAGCCCCAGCUGGCCUCAGAAAAGAGCAGCAGUAACAUGGAGCCCUUCCCUCAAUCUACAAGCAUGCACAUGAACUUCGAGGACACACAGGCAGUGCUGGAGGACUACGCUGAUGUGGUUCAGUACGAACGCGGCCAGCUGAAUCCUGACGAGCAUCAGGCUGACCCCCUGGACAAAGCAUCCACCUACAGCUUGACGAAUGUGGUGCCCCAGAUCAGGGAGUUCAACAUCGGUCCCUGGGCGGAACACCAGGACCUCAUGCGCAAACGUCUCAACAACUACUGCCGCGGCAAAGCCUACGUGGUCACCGGGGUCACCACCUCCGGGCACACGAUCCGUCGCAACAACCUGGACCGGGUGGCUGUACCGGAGUACAUGUGGUCAGCCUACUGCUGCACCGAGUUUGACCAAAAUGCACCGUACUUUGUGCGCUACAAGUUCCCCGUGUUUGCAGCUUACGGGCUGAACGACCGUGUCAACAACCAUAUGGUGGAAGUUCCUCUGAAGAACCUGGAGAAGUUUCUCAAGGGGAGGAUGGAUGUGGAUAAGAACUUCCAGAUUUUCUACAGUGACUGUGUGUCAGAUAUCUAAUGUAAUAUGGGAGUCAAAUGUGGUAAAACAUUUCACUGUGGGGAGGUUUUGGAUUCGAGAAGCUUAAAAUAUGCCUGAAACUAAGGUGUUGUAAAAUCAUGUCCUAUAUUGUAAGCACUAAAUUGGGGAAUUGGAGUGAACAAGGAGUGCUAAUGUCCACAUUAAAAUAUUAUUUUCCCCAACAAUUAUAUUCUCUUUUCAUCUAUUGGUUGUUAGAUCUCAAGAAGUAUUGUAUAUCACAAUAUCCUGGAAACUAAAUGUGACAUUUGAAAAUGAUGUUUAUUGUUAGACUUACACAUCAAUAAUAAAGACAUUACAAUAAAACACAAAAGAAAGCUGUAACUCUUCAGCAUAUUUGGUUAAAAAAUUACAAAGAAUUGACUGUCGCAAAUCGAAUAAAAAAUAUAUAUAUA